UUUUGCCAUAUGCAAAAUAAGCGUGAGCGGCAAGAGUAGAAGCCAGUAACCAAGAAAACUUACUGAAUGCUAAGGAGUACUACUUUGACAUCGAUGACAGCCGAGGGCGUAAAACGAUCCUAAAAAUCCGGUUUUGGUAAAUACACCAAUGCCUAGAUUGGAACCGAAAAUAACUCCGCAUUCCUUCGUAACAGAGGCUUCACAUCCGUCGCGGGCCGAAUGCGGUUAAAGAUAUGUGCGCUAUAGCUAUGCAACUGUACGAGUAACUCGAGUGACUUUGUGCUUCUUCCGAGGAAAAAAAGUAAUUAGGAGCAGCAUCAAGGAUUUUAAGAUGAUAGGGAUGUGUUGGGAGCACUGGAAGCACUGGGAGCAGGGAACACUGGCAAGACUUCAUGAAUUCAAACAAGACAGGCAAGGAGAGCAUUCGGUUUUUAUAUCCGUCAGAGACAUGGAACUGCGAUGAUAUUACGAUGAGUCAACAAAACUCGAGAUGGCAUAGCAUUUUCAAAAGAGAUAAGGAUCUUUAACAACAAGUUGAUUCACUAAUCAAAAAUCAUGUAAAGAAGCCCGAAGGCGGAAUGUUAGUAUGCGAUGGAAAGAUUAGCUCAACCGUGAAACUCGAGAUGGCAUAGCGUUUUCAAAAGAGAUAAGGAUCUUUAACAACAAGUUGAUUCACUAAUCAAAAAUCAUGUAAAGAAGCCCGAAGGCGGAAUAUUAGUAUGCGAUGGAAAGAUCAGCCCAACCGUGAACAUAGAACAUAGGAACAGGGUCGGGAACCACUAAAUUUCCGUUGGCAGCCCUGUUCCCAAGCAAUUAGGAGCAGCAUCAAGGAUUUUAAGAUGAUAAGGAUGUGUUGGGAGCACUGGAAGCACUGGGAGCAGGGAACACUGGCAAGACUUCAUGAAUUCAAACAAGACAGGCAAGGAGAGCAUUCGGUUUUUAUAUCCGUCAGAGACAUGGAACUGCGAUGAUAUUACGAUGAGUCAACAAAACUCGAGAUGGCAUAGCAUUUUCAAAAGAGAUAAGGAUCUUUAACAACAAGUUGAUUCACUAAUCAAAAAUCAUGUAAAGAAGCCCGAAGGCGGAAUGUUAGUAUGCGAUGGAAAGAUUAGCUCAACCGUGAAACUCGAGAUGGCAUAGCGUUUUCAAAAGAGAUAAGGAUCUUUAACAACAAGUUGAUUCACUAAUCAAAAAUCAUGUAAAGAAGCCCGAAGGCGGAAUAUUAGUAUGCGAUGGAAAGAUCAGCCCAACCGUGAACAUAGAACAUAGGAACAGGGUCGGGAACCACUAAAUUUCCGUUGGCAGCCCUGUUCCCAAGCAAUUAGGAGCAGCAUCAAGGAUUUUAAGAUGAUAAGGAUGUGUUGGGAGCACUGGAAGCACUGGGAGCAGGGAACACUGGCAAGACUUAAUGAAUUCAAACAAGACAGGCAAGGAGAGCAUUCGGUUUUUAUAUCCGUCAGAGACAUUGGAACUGCGAUGAUUUCACGAUGAGUCAACAAUACUCGAGAUGGCAUAGCGUUUUCAAAAGAGUUAAGGAUCUUUAACAAGUUGAUUCACUAAUCAAAAAUCAUGUAAAGAAGCUCGAACGCGGAAUAUUAGUAUGCGAUGAAAAGAUCAGUCCAAUCGUGAAAUUCCAGAUGGCAUAGCGUUUUAAAAAGAGUUAACAAUCUGUAACAACAAGUUGAUUCACUAAUCAAAAAUCAUGUAAAGAAGCCCGAAGGCGGAAUAUUAGUAUGCGAUGGAAAGAUCAGCCCAACCGUGAACAUAGAACAUAGGAACAGGGUCGGGAACCGCUGAUUUCCGUGGGCAGCCCUGUUUCUUGCUCCCCCUACCCCCCUCCCCUCCACCUCCCGCCCCAUACGCUCUAUGUGAUGAAAACAGAACUGGAGUUCUCGAGCAGCAAAUCGCCUGGAGUUCUUGAGCAGCAAAUCGUUCGUCGCGUUCGCGUCUUCGCUAUUAGCCUGUACACUGGUCUCUCACUUUGAUAGGUUUGAAGCAAGUCUAUACAAAGGAUGAACCAAGCUCGACAGCAAACAAGUACACAAGAAGAAACCUGCGAGCAAAAUUUAAGUCACGAAACAAGCUUCCAACUUCACAAAACUCUGUGUGAACUGUUAAACCACCUCGGCUUGACUUGGCAAGGGCGAAUGAGAUAUCAGGUCGCAAGCCCUAUUCAGCAACAACAGAAUGAAAGAUCGAGAUGCUUCAAUUGGGAAUGUCCAGGAAAGGCAGAGUAUGAAACUGUCCGUGGAAUUCUGAAACAAGAAAAGCAACUGUUGCAACAAGAACACCUUGAAGGUAAAGAUACCUCGCUGAGAAANACGUAA